AUGUCCGGCGCUAAGCUUAGACUUGGAAGUAUUGCCCCCGAUUUCGAUGCUCAAACCACCAAGGGGUCUAUCAAGUUUCAUGAAUGGCUAGGCAACUCGUGGGGUAUUAUCUUUUCUCAUCCUGCAGAUUUCACCCCUGUUUGCACUACUGAACUUGGGGAAGUCGCUCGUAAACAACCCGAAUUCGAGAAGCGUGGCGUUAAAGUGAUCGGUAUUUCCGCUAAUGACCUCAAUUCUCACGAAAAGUGGAUUCAAGACAUUAAUGACUUUGGAAACAAAGUUAGUCACCCUAACGAUAAGACCGACGUCAGCUUCCCUAUCAUUGCGGAUGCAGACCGUAAAAUUUCCACCCUGUACGACAUGCUCGACGCCGUAGACGCCACAAACGUAGAUGCAAAAGGCCAACCCUUCACCAUCCGAACCGUCUUCAUUAUCGAUCCCAAAAAGAUCAUUCGCCUCACCAUCUCCUACCCAGCCCAAGUCGGUCGUUCGUUCGAUGAAAUUCUCCGUGUAGUCGAUUCGCUUCAAUUAGGCGACAAGCAUAAAGUGACGACGCCUGUGAAUUGGAAGCAAGGAGAUAACGUGAUCGUUCAUCCAGGUGUGAGCGAUGAACAGGCGAACGAGCUCUUCCCUGCUGGGUUUACGAAGCACUUGCCUUACCUUCGUACAACUGCCCAACCUGGCAACUAAAUCAUUAAACGUUAAGAGGCUCGUCACUCUUAAAUAAAACAUUCUUCUUAGUCAGAAUAAAAAAAGGGCGAACCCGUUCUGACUUCUAUACUUGCCCGUUUGUUUUGUUGUAUUCUUUCCUAACCCAUCCGUCUGUGCACGGUCCGGUUGUGCCACCGUGCAGGUCGCAGAGAAAUGAAAUUAUCAGUUUGCGCAUUGACAUUGUUGGCG